UCAGCUUUGGGGAUUGGAGGAGGAUUUGCCUCGCUUGCCAAGGGUGUUCCCUGGACUUGACAGCCGGUAUGGGCCUUUGGAAAAGGUUAGCUGGCCCCGAUUUAGCCCAGGUGUGGGGCGCUUGCUGGAUCUUGCUGGUCUUAUUGUGGAGGGGACUGGCCUGUCCUGACUCGUGCACUUGUAACUCCACUAGGAUCGCAUGUGACAAGACACCAGGCAUUGGAGCUUUCCCAGUGCUGAAGAACCUCUCCCAGGCUGAGAACAUCACUGACAUCUACAUUGCAAACCAACGUUUUUUCGCCUCAAUCAAUGAAGAUGAUGUUAAGAUUUAUACCGGCCUCAGAAAUCUAACCGUGGUAGAGUCUGGCCUGAAGUUUGUGUCUCGCCAGGCAUUCCGCAAGAACCUCAAACUUACUUACAUAGACCUUUCCAGAAAUAAGCUGACAACUUUAAACAGAAGAUUAUUUCGACAUCUCUCACUGACACACCUACUUUUGGGCGACAAUCCAUUCCAGUGUUCCUGUGAUAUAAUGUGGAUAAAGGUGUUUCAAGAGGCAAGCAUGUUCAACAUGGACAAGCAGAACAUAAUCUGUCUCAAUGAGAAUGAUAAGAGGAUAACGCUGACAUUUAUGCACAUAUCCAACUGUGUUUUGCCGAAAGUAAAUGUCAGCGUGAUAGAACUCAUGGUUCUGGAAGGCAACAGUGCGACAGUGUAUUGUGAAGCCACUGGGCUCCCUGACCCUAAUGUCUCUUGGGACAUAUCCCAGAUUAAGUCAAAUACCCUGAUAGAAAUGUCAAAACAUACUGCUUUCCUCACUUUGAAGAAUGUGACAUCACUGGACAAUACAAAAACCCUGGUUUGUUCAGCAGAAAAUAUUGUGGGAGAGGACCAAGUUGUUGUUGAGCUCAAUGUACACUUUCCACCAAACAUCACCCUAAUAGACUAUCCAACUUUGGACCAUCACUGGUGUAUCCCUUUCAGUGUAAGGGGUAACCCAGUUCCGAAGUUGCAGUGGUUUUACGAAGGAAUCGUUCUAAGCGAUACAGAUUUUAUUUGGAGUAAAAUUCAUCAAUCAAGCAACAACAUGAGUGAACAUCAUGGUUGCCUACAGCUAGACAGCCCAACACACUUGAACAAUGGCUUUUAUACAUUACAAGCAGAAAAUCAAUAUGGAAAAGAUGAGCGCACAAUUAUGGCUCAGUUUAUGAGUGACCCUGAUAUUGGUGGCCCAAUUACUGACCCUGGAUUUUAUGAUUAUGAGACCACCUCCAAUGAUAUUGGGGGGACCAGCACAGACAAUAGCAAUGGAGUCACUUCUACAGACGUCUCUAAUGAAGGGAGUGAAGACAGCAUUACAGUUUAUGUGGUAGUUGGUAUUGCAGCAUUGGUAUGCACUGGUCUGGUAAUAAUGCUAGUAAUCUUGAAGUUUGGAAGACACUCCAAAUUUGGAUUAAAAGGUCCCUCUUCUGUGAUCAGUAAUGAUGACGAUUCAGCCAGCCCUCUGCACCAUAUUUCAAAUGGUAGCAACACACCAUCUUCUUCAGAAGGAGGUCCUGAUGCAGUAAUAAUUGGUAUGACAAAGAUCCCCGUCAUUGAAAAUCCCCAGUAUUUUGGAAUUACCAAUAGCCAUCUUAAACCGGAUACAUUUGUACAACACAUAAAAAGGCACAACAUCGUCCUAAAGAGAGAACUGGGAGAAGGAGCAUUUGGCAAAGUGUUUCUUGCAGAAUGUUAUAACCUGUACCCAGAGCAGGAUAAAAUCCUUGUGGCAGUAAAGACACUAAAAGACGCUAGCGACAAUGCACGGAAAGACUUCCAUCGGGAGGCUGAAUUAUUGACAAACUUGCAGCAUGAACAUAUUGUAACGUUUUAUGGGGUGUGUGUGGAGGGAGACCCACUUAUUAUGGUCUUUGAAUAUAUGAAGCAUGGUGACCUCAACAAGUUCUUAAGGGCCCAUGGUCCUGAUGCCGUGCUUAUGGCAGAAGGGAACCGCCCCGCUGAACUGUCUCAGUCUCAGAUGCUACACAUAGCCCAGCAGAUUGCAGCAGGUAUGGUGUACCUAGCCUCACAGCACUUCGUUCAUCGAGAUCUGGCAACAAGGAACUGCCUGGUGGGAGAGAACCUCUUAGUAAAAAUUGGAGACUUUGGAAUGUCUAGAGAUGUGUACAGCACUGAUUACUACAGGGUUGGAGGACAUACUAUGCUGCCUAUUCGUUGGAUGCCUCCUGAGAGCAUCAUGUACAGGAAAUUCACAACAGAAAGUGAUGUCUGGAGUCUAGGAGUGGUACUAUGGGAAAUUUUCACCUAUGGGAAACAACCAUGGUACCAAUUAUCCAAUAAUGAGGUGAUUGAGUGCAUAACACAAGGCAGAGUCUUGCAGCGACCUCGCACUUGUCCGAAGGAAGUCUACGACCUUAUGUUGGGGUGCUGGCAGAGAGAGCCUCACAUGAGGUUGAAUAUCAAAGAAAUCCAUAGCCUACUUCAGAACUUGUCCAAGGCAUCCCCUGUAUACCUUGACAUUCUUGGCUAGACAUUCCAGGUUUCACCUGUAUGGGCUUGAUGAAUGAAUGUGGUGAACGGCCGCUGAACUCCGUGAAAUGUGUUAUAACCUCUGACAGUAUUAUUAACAAAGAUGCUGAGAAGCUAUCAAAGGGCAAGCAACAAAAACUUCUCCAUCUGUACAAUACACAGUAUUGAUAUUUGCCAUUAAUAAGUUGUAUCUUUUUAUUCUGAGCCUAAAUCUUCUUUUACUCUUACUUUUCCUCAGUCUAUGUUUGGUUGUCUCUCACAGUUCCUCUUUCUACAUGCUUAUGCCUUUAUGUAACUCAGCAUACAUAGACAAAGGCCUUAAAACCUUAUCUGUUAAUCAGCUGGCACGCAUGUCUGUCCACCACAUCUAACAAUGCCUUCUUGUAUUCCUGCCUUUGAUGUGGAUGAAAAAAGGGAAAAAAAUAUUGUAUGACACGGACUUGAUGACUUCUGCUGUACAUACAUAUAGACUUUAAAUGACUGUCGCUCACUUCUACGUUUUUGGCUAUGUGCACUACCAAGAAACUUUUUGGACAUCAUGAGUAUGUGAUUGCUAUAUUAAGGAGACAUAACAAUGGAGUCAAGUUUAACCAUCUACCUAAAGCAAUUUGAGGAAAUACAAUCAAUGCAUAUAAGAAGAGAAUAAAUCCACCAUGCUCUCUAUGUGGCUAGUCUUCUAUCACCAUAUAGGCCAU